AUGGAUACAUUCAGUGUGAUCAAUGCCGUCUCCGAAAGUGAGAAAAAGAUUGAUAUGAUCGAGGAACGCCUGGCAAGCAUUGAAAGAACUCUUCAACAGCUAGCAAAAAAUGCAUCCCAACUACAAGGCUUCGUCGCACCACCGAAUUCGCGCGAGCCUCGUUUCGUACCUUCGCCCCAGAAGUCAACCCCUUCGCAGCCGUUGUCCACUACACCGAAACCUGCUAAUCCCAAGGGCCCCUUGUACCUAGCAAAUCCUACUAUCGAACAGCACGAUUCAAGCUCUGGAUUUGAGGGUAGCUCGUCUCUAACUGCCCAUGGAGCCUACGCGAGCGCAUUCCUUGAAUCUGCUGUGUCCAAAGGCUCGCCGCAGGUCUUGUCGAGUCCGAAGAUCAGCGAAGCUCUCUCGUCACUAAAGCAGCUUGUUGGUAUCCAGAACCAGCGGCGAGAAGCCGACUUGUGGGGGAGUCAACCUCCCACCAAGAAUGCGAGGUUCGGUGUAAGACGCGACAUUCGUGAUCUGAAGAUGCCCCCUCUAUCAGUGGUUCUAGACAUGCUGAGAAAGACCCAAGAAACACCACCGGCCUUCUUUGGUGGCUAUGUCCCCUUCCUUAGUCUGAAAUUUUUCACCGAAAAAUGCCGUGAAGUGUAUUUCUGUAUAGACGAUUACUCCGAUGCGGCAUUUGUUAUAACCAACUUUGGUAUGUACAGUUUUUUCUACGAGUAUGGCGCCACGGAGAAAGAUGCCAAUGUACGAGAGGAUUACCUGCACUGCAUUGAGAUGUGUCGCGACAACCUAGAAACAGCGCUUGCCAAUUUGAACAUUUUGAUGCCGGCAAACCAAGAAUCGAUCAUGGCAUUAGCUCUGGGGGCUAUGCAUGCCCUCGAGAUUUCUAAACCAUCCGUUGGUUGGACGCUAGCAUCGACGGCCAUGAACCUGUGUCAGACACUGGGCUAUCAUCGCUUUACUUCGAUGGAGCACGACUCUUUACCAGUCCAACGCCAAAAGCAGGAUCUAUUCUGGGCCGUGUAUGCAAUUUUGAACAUGAUGUCCCUGCGUCUUGGACGUGCUUCGUCCAUCCAGAAUUACGAUAUCAGCCUACCGCCGCUCGAUGAAAACCCAGAGAUCCCCCAGCCAUGGGGACCUGUCUGCGUGUGGUGGACUAAGUCGGCAAUUAUCCAGAGUGAGGUUUACCAAUAUUUAUACAGCCCGGAAGCACUGCAGAAACCAGAAAAUGAACGAGUCACCCACGCUCGCAGAUUAGCCGCUGAGAUGCAGUCGGAUGUUAUGGAGCCGUUUGAGAAAUUCAUGUCGUCCGAGCCUAAAGUAUCCGAGAUGGACAUGAUGUACCUCGCAACUGACAAGGUCAGUCGGCUGGCCAUCAUGACCUUGAUCUACCGAGCAAUUCCCGCACCAAUCGACUCAGACCGUGUCGCCACCUUUAUACCCGAAUGCAUUGAGACAGCCCGGGAAGCCUUGGAAAUCCACCGUCAGUGCGUCGCAGCGCUCCAAGAGACAGACGAUUUCAUCAGAAUAUCAUACAUGCACUGGGGCAUCCUCCUAUCCCCCUUCGUCCCCUUCAUUAUCAUUUUUUGCAAUAUAAUAACAAACUCCAACGGCGAUGACCUCGCCCUGCUUGAAGAGUUUGUCGCCUCCCUCCGCCCGCUAAGCACCUUCUCCCAGUCCAUCGACCGACUACACACCCUGUGCUCAGUACUUGGCACCGUCGCUCGCCUUUAUUUCGAAGCCAACACCCGGACCCAGACAGCCACAGACCGGUAUCAAAAUCUCUUUGAUGUCGGUCAGGAAUUCGAUGUUUAUCUCAGUGCACUUGGACUGGCGCCUACAAAUCCCUUGAAUCCUCUGAACAGUGGCACUUCCCAGAUGGGGCACUCACAGGGAUAUUUCCAGGCUGAUCAUCUUGCGAUGAAUGUGAAUUCGGCAGAGUUUCCAGAGCAGCAUGUUGGUGGUUUCUCGGCGCCGGUCGAUUCAUCUCAGGUGCAGGAACAGGAUUCGGGGACUGCUACACAACUGGGGAAUUGGUUCUGGGGCAAUCAGUAUAUGAUGGGGCUCUUGGAGGAGGAUUUGUCGCAAUUCAAUCCGGGGCAGCCAUGA